CUUGGUUGUUCAGAACUUUCGAAAAAGCAGGCUUCAUCUUUACGGUGGAUUCUGAGCAGAAAGAUGGAGAUGGCGCAGGAGCCGCUUCUGCAGCAGCGCUCGCUUCAACCCAGCCAGCUAGAUCAACUCAAUCAGCAAGAGGACGCGGCAGCGUUGGCGGCCGUGUCGUACGACAGCAGCGAACCCAGGAUUGUGCCCGCUGGUGCGCCCGUCUCGACCACGAGCACUGCAUCGGUUCACUCAUCGGCAUCCGGCGGCAGCGCUCACCCCACCGCCAUGGAGGAGGCAGCACCUGUCAGCAUGGAUGAUACUCGAGACGAUCCAGCUCAGCACCAGCUCAGCGAGCCCGCACAGCCGCAGCAGCAGCAGCAGCAUCAGCCGCUUGAACCGUCCAAGCAGCAGCAGCAGCAGCAGCACCGUUGGGAAGCGCCGUUCUCCUCGCCAAUCGCCACUCGGCCAAACGCUCCGCACUUCCCUCCCACCAUGCCGUCCGCACAAAUCCACGCCCCUGCGCCACCGCAGCCUGGCCCGCCCUCUGUCGUGUCGCCCCUGCACCAGCGCGGCGCCGUGCAGCCGCCUCGAAACAACAACGACUUUACCUGCAAUUGGGAUGGCUGCGGUGCCUCAUUCACGGUGCCUGAAAUUCUGAUUGAGCACAUUGAGCGCUUCCACCUCAUCACGGCGACACGCUGCUUGUGGCUUGUCGGGAAUGGCUACUGCGGACACGCACCCAACCAGUUGCGGAAUAUGCGACCACACGUUAUUGAUGUUCACAUCCACCUGGACCGCUUCUUGUGCGAGCUGUGCACCCACUCGACCCCUCGCAAGGCUGACUUUCUCAAGCACAUUAAAACCUGCGUCGAGCGCAACGGCGUGAUGGGCUGGUCGCCCGACUUUGUGUACUACAUUGCCCAGCUGUUGCGGCAAAAGGCCUCGCUCUCGAUCGAUCGCCGAGACCUGAUGCGCAACCUCCAUGCGCACGGCGUUGACGGAUUGCGACUCUUCUGCUCCUCGUACGACACUCUCCAGCAGCUCUACGGCUUUGACUUCAAGGCCAUCGAACGCUUUGACCGCCUCGCCCGAGCAUGGCAAAGAUCGGCCGAGUACCGAAGCCUUGAAGGGUCGGCAGCCCUCGACCACUUGGUAGCCGUUCAAAACGGCUCCGUCCCGCAUGUGGGGCCCAUCAUGCCCCCGGGAGGCUUGCCGUCGUUCGACCCCAGCAUGGUAGCGAUGGACACUGGUCGACCUGCCCUCGGGCAAUCUGGCUCUGUGGCGAGCGACAUGAUGGCCGAGAAUAGUGCCAACCUCGGCCAAAAGCAGCUUGCCAAGCAGUCGGCUCGCGCGCGGGCGCUGGCCUCCGCGUCCGGCGCCCCAGCGGCUCCUCAGGCCACCGUGAAUGCCAUGUCCACGGACGAAGACUCGUCAUACCCUCGUCAGCCACUCAGUGCUGCCAACCUCGGCAUCCACCAGGCCCAACAGCAGCACCACCAGAUGCACAUGCCGCCGCCCUACCAUGGCCAUGCACCAAUGUCGGCACCAACCACCCCGGCGUACCCCACACCGAUGUCUAGCGCUCCCAGUUUCCCGCACUACCCGGCGUCAGCUCCGCCACACGGCGUGCCUCCGCCCUCGGCCUAUCCGAGCGCCUUCCCCGCGCCCGGCGGCGCACCGGGCUAUCCCCCUUCGUCCUACUAUGGCCAGUCGAUGCCGUCCACCCCUGCCACGCCUGCCACGCCUGGAGCAAACCCGUACUCUGCGGCUCCCCCGUCCUUCAACGCAGGUCCGCCUCCUGCCGGGCUGACGCACGCUCAGCAGGCUUCGUUCCAGGAGCAGCAAGCCGUGUACCAGGCGCAAUUGCAGCAGUACCAUCAGCAAUUUGCUCAGUGGUCGUAUCAGCAACAGCAGCACAUGGCCCGCAUGGCGUCCAUGCAGCACCCUCGGCCGCCGCCGCCGCCAGGUUACCACCCGCCGGCUGAUUACCACUAUCCACCAUACCCUCCGCCGCCGGCUGCACAUCCCCAGUGGCCUCCAAUGCCAACACCGCAGGCGGGUGCCCCGCCACCGCAGCAGCAGCAGCAGCAGCAGCAGCAGCAGCAGCAGGCCUCGCAGCCAGCCGCGGCUCCGUCCCAAGCCACGCCGCAGCCCCAGCAACCCCCUCCGCCACAGCAAUGGCUGCAAGCCCAGCCUCCACAGCAGCAACCGUCGCCCGCGCCCCAGCAACAGCCGCCGCAACAGUUGCAAGCGUCCACCUCGGCACCCUACACGUCGUUGUCCCCUCCGCCGACCUUUGUGCCUCAGAUGCUUUCGCCUCGAAUGGAGACGUCUGACAACUCUAUCGCGCAAUUGGCCGAAAAGAUGGAAGAAGUCUGCGCCACUGAACACGGCUUGGCAGCGAUGGCCGAAACUUUCGACUUGUUCGAAUUCCGCAGCAACUUUCGUUUGUGUCAGCUGUUUGGCGCUGAGCCGCUGACCCUUGACGGCCUCACUCGCUUGCUCGAGGUCUCCCCUCGUGACAACGGCAUGAUGCACGCACUCGCAGAGACCUUUACCCAUCGUGUUGCUGACGCCAGCAAUGGCACUGCCCGGAAAGUUUUUGGCGCCGCCGGCUCACCCAGCCCCGAUGCUUUGCGUGCGACUGGCGCCAAGCUGCAUCGACUUGUUCAAGCGGUUCGCCAACGUACCCAUACUCUUGGAUGAUUGCUAUGAUUUCUAUUUCACUUGUAUUUUUUUUCUUUUUGCCCCUCUUCGAAACAACGUUUAGUCGUUAACAACCCCCCCCCCUCUUCUUUGUUUGUGUCAUUCAUCCUGUCUUGUGUGUGUUCUUGUUCGUAGUUUCUUUCAUGCUUGGUUUUUUUUUCUUUUUCUUUUUUUUUUCUUUUUUUUCUUCUCUUUUUUUUUUUUUUUUGUGU